AAAUCUUGCAAACAUGUCUCAGGAAGUGCUGCCCGUGGAGGUGCCAGAAACACUCUAUUACUUGAAUCCAGGGAAGACCAUGAUGCUGUCAAAUGCGAAAGCACUACAGGAUGAAGACUCAGACACUGAUUCUUUGGGAGAUGGUGAACCGCAAGAAGAAAAUGAAGAAAGUACUGUACCAGACAAAGGUGAUUUCAAGAUAGAAUCCUCUCCCUGCUACCUGCUGACCGUAAGGAUCAUCCGAAUGAGAAACCUCCAGCGAGUGGACACCUUAAGCCAGGCUGAUUGCUAUGUGUCGUUGUGGCUGCCGACUGCGACACGUGAAAAGUCCCGCACUAAAACUGUGAGAAACUCCAACAAUCCUGUGUGGAACGAAACCUUCUACUUCAGGAUCCAGAGUCAGGUCAAGAACGUGCUGGAGCUGACAGUGUAUGAUGAGGAUUUUGCUACUCCAGAUGACCAUCUCCUCUGUGCGCUCUUUGAUACUGCUAAACUUCCAAUUGAAAGAACAGUGGUCCUGUAUUUUAAGCCCAGCCCGAAGGCCAAGGAGGAGCUAGAGGUUGAAUUCAAAUUGGAAGCCGCUUCUGGUCCUCAUGAAGCCAUUGCUACCAAUGGAGUCCUGGUGUGUCGUGAACUUUGCUGUUUGGAAGUUGAAGUGGCAGAGAAGACGCAGCAAAAAUCAAAGAAAGAGCUUUCCCUCACUGUGAAGGGCUCCUUUGAGGGGACGCAGGAUAUUACGCUGGGCCCCGAUGGAGUGGCCAGCCCGUCGGGUCCCACCAAGUUCCACUACAUCAAGUACGCGGAGCCAACGCUGGACGUCAUGUUGCCGAAGAAGAGGCGCUACCACCCUUGGACCUGUAGGUACAGUAGGGAGACGGGCUCCCCAGUCGUGAUGCUGAAUUUGCUGCCCAUGGGAAGGAAAACGACCAUUGCAGAGGAGAAAAGAUUUGACUUGAAUGUGACAGCACAAAGCUGUAAUUGUUCAUGCCACCAAGACCUGGACAUGCGCUUUGGGUUUGACUUAUGUUCAGAGGAGAUGGCUUUCCUGGGGAAAAGAAAGAGAUAUGUAGCAAGUGCCCUGAAAAAUGUUUUUCACCUACAACAGGAUCUGCAGGAUCAUGAAGUCCCUGUUGUGGCUAUCAUCACGACAGGCGGAGGACUGAAGUCAAUGACAGGACUAUACGGCAGCCUCAUGGGACUCAAGAAAUUAAAUCUCCUGGACUGUGUAACAUACAUCAGCGGGCUGUCCGGCACCACGUGGACCAUGGCCAACUUAUACAGAGAUGCCUACUGGUCGCAGAAGGACCUAGACUCGCAUAUUGGUGAAGCCCAGAAACAAGCAACCAAAUGCAAGAUGGGCUGUUUCUCUAUGGAUCGCAUGAAGUACUACAACAAGCAGCUUUGUCAGCGGAAAGAAGAGGGAUACAGGACAUCGUUUAUAGAUCUUUGGGGGCUCAUGAUUGAGUACUUACUAAAUGAUGGGAAAGACCCCCACAAACUUUCAGAGCAGCAAGAAGCACUGUGUGACGGCCAGAACCCACUGCCCAUCUAUGUGUCAGUCAGUGUCCGGGACAGCUACAGCACCAAUGAUUUCAAAGAGUGGGUGGAGUUCACCCCCUACGAGGUGGGACUUCUGAAGUAUGGCGCGUUCAUUCGCACAGAGCAUUUCGGAAGCGAGUUCUUCAUGGGACGCUUGUUAAAAAAGCUCCCCGAAUCCCGGAUCUGCUACCUUCAAGGUAUGUGGAGCAGUAUAUUUUCUGUGAACCUAUUACAAAUAUGGGGACUAUCCCACAGUUCAGAGGACUUCUGGAUGAGAUGGACACAAGACAGAAUAGAAGAAGUUGAUGAAGACCCAGUGUUGCCUACAAGACCCCACGAGCUGAGGACUCGCAUGUACACUCCUCCUGGCCCCCUGUCCAGUGCCCUUCGGGGAGCAUUGACUGACCGCUUCUCCGUUGCCCAGCACCACAAUUUCCUGAAGGGCUACCAGCUGCAUAACAACUACCUGGAGAACAAGCACUUCUGUCGAUGGAAAGACACUGUGUUAGACUCACGUCCCAACCAGCUGAUGCAAAAUUCUGAUCACCUGGGCAUGAUAGACGCUGGAUUUUUCAUCAAUACCAGCAGUCCACCACUUUUAAGGCCACAGAGGGAAGUGGAUGUCAUCAUAUAUUUAAGUUAUACUACUGGAUCUCAUAUAUCGUCUCUAGAUAAGGCGUACAAAUACUACUCGGAGCAGAAAAUCCCAUUCCCCAAAAUUUCUUUGACUGAUGAAGAUAAGAAAAAUCUGAAGGAGUGCUACCUCUUCCAAGAUUCAGAUCUGCCAGGAUGUCCAAUUGUGAUUUUUCUUCCGCUUGUGAAUGAUACCUUCCAAGAGUACAAAGCACCUGGUGUCAAGCGCUGUUGCUCAGAGAUGGAGGAAGGACAACUUGAUUUGACCAGUCGCUUUUCCCCCUACUGCAUGUUCUCGGUCAGGUAUACCGAUGAGAAUUACCGCCGGCUGCUGAACCUCAGUGAAUACAACAUCCUGAACAACUCACAGAUGAUUAUGCAGGCCUUGCAGAUAGCGAUGCAAAGGAGGAUGCAAAACAUGUGCUAAUCACCUGUCCAACUGCCCCUAUCUAUUCUGUCAUGCCCUAGGACACAGAAGGGGCAUAGCUUUUUGAACACUGGCCGUUCUGCACUACAGAGAGAAACUAGCCCAGGUGGCUCAGUGGUUUGUUGGGGUUUUUUUCCAUUCCCAAGAAAUGGCCUCUAUAGGCAAAGACAUUGCCUGGGAAAUUUUUACAUAUGCUUUGUUCCCUAAAUUAAGGUUGUCUGUAGAACGCUCUUUACUAAGAUACUUGUUAGAUUUUAAAAAUAGUGUUAUUUUAAGCCUAACUUCUUAUAAUGUAUGACAUAUAGAAAAAUCAUUUUUUACCACCACAGUGCUACAGUAAUGCAACCCAGCCAACACACCUACAGGCCGUAAGAAAGGGGCGUAAACUUCUGCUCCCCACAAUUCUUCUUCAUGGAACACAAGGUGCAUCCAACCCUGGAAAAUGAAGAAAACCUGAGACGUGACUGGAAGCUGGUAUUGGAUCCCUGGGUCAACUCGGUUUUGCAGGUGUCCUGAAGAGCAGCUGCAGAGGUUGGAAAUGUAAGAGGGACAAGUGUGUGCACACAGCCAGCCCCAUGAAUCACAUCCACCUCCUGGGCUCUCUUGGGCUGUGAAUGAAUCAUACGUAGAUGGGAAGGAACAACUUAGGAGGAAGUGGCAUAAGGUUUUUCAAGUAAAAAUUUUUUUGAAGUGAAAGGUGUAAUUUGGGCACAUCAAAAUUUCCUGUGAAUUUAUGUCAGUUUUGAUUGUUGUGACAGUAUAUAAAAAAGUCGACAUUUUAUUUUGACGCUUUCAAAAUAAAACACCCUGGAUUUUUUUCUCCCAGUUGAGUUACUUCUUAUAUUAAACUUCCUUUCUUAAAUUAUAAAGUACUUGAAAUGAAAAUAUUUUACUUAUAUUAGACAAUGAAAACUUUGUUGUUUUACUCAAUGCAAUUUGUUUAAACAGUUUAGGACAUAUGCUCAUCAACAAAAAUGCUUAUUUGUUUAGUUCUGCAUGUUCAAACUGUGCAGAUAAACAGGAGUGAGUUAGUAGACUGCAACAACUAAGCCCAUCUUAAAACAAUCUGAACAGACCCUCUGUGGGAUCUAGCAUAAAUCCACCAAUAACUUUUGUUGUGGGUUUGCAUUUUUAAACUUUGUUCAUUUUCCCUUUUAUGGAAAAUAUCUUUUCUGGACUGCUGAAAGUGCUGAGGGUGAGCUGUAAAAAUUAUAAAUCCAUAACAAGCUUUGCAUUCCAGGAGCAAGUCAAACUAAAAAUACAUUUUUUUUAUUAAUAAGUUUUGUGUCCUGACAAAUGGGAAAAUUUUGAACAAAGAGUCUAUUCAGUGAAAAAAAAUCUAUCAACUAGAAGUCAUAAUCUGGGGCUAAAAUAAACCAGGGAAAAUGCUUGGGUAAGUUGAAACAUUUCAUGUUAAUAUUUUACAAAACAUCUUUGUUUUGAAACAUAGCUUCUUUUUAAUAGACCACCUACCUCAUCAGCCCAGAGAACCCAACCUGAAAAUAACAGGUUUCAUUUACAGCCAAAUAACAUGUUUGGCUUGGUACAAAAUGACACGCUGAGGAUUUUCAUUUUGGCAAGAAACAAUGACAAAUUAUCUUUACAAAGUGGUUCACAAUGACUUUUGCUGGUACUUUUGGCAUUUAUGAUGUCAAACCAAAGCCUACUUUUUUGUGCAACUGUAGCCUAACGUUGCAAGCCUAAAGAUCAGAGCAUAAAUAUUAACAUUUGAAACUCUUUAGAUUUUAAACAAAUAUGCACUUCUGCUGGGUUUUUUUGUUCUAUAGUAGUUUCACCAGUCAUAAUCAGAAAUAUGGUGCUAUGUUAACCCUGGGAAUUGCCUCCAUUUGAACCUGAAAUCCCUGGUGUGAAAAAAUAAACACAGGUUUUGGCCAUAAACUCAUGCCACCUCCAGCUCUGAAGAAAUGUUAUUUACACGCAGAUAUUUCUUGUAUACAAUAC